AUGGUAAAGGAGGACACCACUGACAUGGAGGAUCCUGAGAAGAAUGAGACGACUGGAAUCGCCGCAGGCCCUGCUCCAGCCUCCUACGCUGCGACCAAGCAAGAGGUGGCAGAGGAGGAGGACACCGAUCGCUUGUUGCCGAAGAAGAUGCCGAAGGGUGGCUUUCCUCACUUGGACAUCACGCGCAUCGUUUGUGUCAUGCUCGUCGCCAUCGACCAUGGCAGCGCCAUGUACUCGGAGUGGAACGUCAUCUAUGUGCAGCAAUGGACGCUCCAAUGGAUUGUUCUCGUCUCCGGCGUGAGCUUUUGUCUUUCUGGCAAGCCAUUGAUGGGCUACCUGGCCCGGCUGGGCACCUAUGCCGCGGUGGGGAUCAUGGUGAACUGGUCGGCCUGGAUUUGCAUGGGCUUGGACUGGGAGCACGACUUCUUCAACGUGGUCUUCCAGAUGUGGUUCAUCAUUGGGCUGAUGCUCUUUUGCACCAUCCUCACGCCCUUGAAGCAUUGGUUGUCAGAGGAUGCCAAAAAGCUUGAGCAAGAAGAGCCGCUGCCAUCGGCCCCACCAGGUGAUGAGGGCGUCUUGAACAUUGUGCUCAUGAUCGUGAUGGUGAUCCUGGCCAUUGGUAUCUUUUGUGUGGUGCUCUUGCCCAGGUUGGUAAAUCCAUUCCUGGCCCCGGUGAUGCUUCACUUCACCCGCGCGAUUGGUGGUGACGACAAUGUCUGGGGUUUGCCCGGCAAUAUGAAAGAAGCAAAUGAUUUCAUCACGCACCUUUGCACCUAUGCCUUCCUCACCUUGUCCAACCUCUUCUUGGUGAGGAUGUUCCGGACGGUUCACGUGAAGCCCAGCGUCAUCCCGUGGUUCAUGAUCGUGAACUCUUUGAUCAACCGCGCGCUGAUGUAUCGGGGCCCUGAAGAAAGGCCAUUCCACUUGCUCGACAUCAUGAUCCUGGGGAUGGUGACCCAAACCUAUGGUCUGAUGUAUCGGAAGACAGUGGGCGACUAUGUUUGCCGAUAUUGGUUCGUCCUGCUCAUUGCAUUUGCUAUCAUCUACCCUCCAUACUUGGACAAGCGCCUGGAUAUGUACCCCACCUUCGACCGAAUCCUCAGGAGCAAAGUCGAAGUCAUGGAAGCUAUUUGCCUGUUGGCCUGGCUUUCAGCCAGUGAUCGAUUCUUUUCUCGGGAGAUCUUCACCGAGGAUCGCUUAGGCUUCCUCAACGACUGGGCGCUGCUCGUCUUCCUCAUCCACAAGGAGAACGGGACGACCCAACCAGGCAAUGCACCUGAUUUUCGGGCUUCCCUACUCCUGGAUCGUCCUGGUGGCCCUGAUUCCAGUGGGGCGCCCGAGAAUCCCGAGAUCUGUGUGGCCGUGUCGCUUCUGCUGGGCCUGGCGGCCAGCGAGCCCACCGGGGUGGCACCGGCACAAUGGCCACUGGGGACCGCCACCGCAGCGGAGAGCAACACGUCCUGGCCCCAGGGCUUCCAGCCCCCACGCUUGGGCGAUUGGCCCAUGGAUCCUGACGGCAGGCCCAUCUCUUGCUGGGAUGUGACGACGCUGCACGAUCAUGCGAAGGGUUGGCCUGGGCUGUGUCUGGGUCUCUUCAACACGGGCUUAGAGAAGGUCACUGACAUGCAGACCUGCAAGAAUGCCUGCGUGGGGGACCCUCGCUGCAGCGUGUGGCAGUUCAACAUCAAUGACAACCAGCCCUCGUGUUGGAUAGGCGUGGGUGGCUUUGACUGCGACUUCCGAAGCGGACAAGCUGACGCUAUCCACGUGGAGGGCGCGGAGCGUGUGCAGCAUGGCAAGGUCCAUGUGUACAAGACCUUGGCUGGCAUGAAGAUCAACAGGCUUUACAAUUUUGGCUUGUAUGCAGAGGGCUCCCAGGACUUGAGCAUCACGCGCUGCCGGGACUGGUGCUACUCCUCGCUGAGCUGCCAGUACUGGCAGUAUUCAAAGAAUGAUGGCUGCUGGGUUGACGCCCCGUCCAUGAGCACAAAGCAGGGCAAGGAUCCUAGCAACCAGGUGGACUACCCACUGACGGCCAAUAGUGUCACCACGGGGACCCCAGAGGCGCAGAGUAUCAUCGCUGGGGAGUUUAUCCAUCACUACUGUCCCAAGCAGGUGAUGACACCGGUGAACCCUGCGCAUGUGGGCGGCGGCGACUUCUAUGCGAGCCAGCAGUCCUCCGGCCCUUCGCCCGUGGUGAUAGCCUUUGCAGUGAUCUUGGUCCUAGCAGUCUUAGGUAUGGUCGCCUACUAUUUCAUGGGCCAAAGAAACAAGCGCACCGUCUCGCACCGAAGCCUCAGUGACGAUUACGAGGAGGAGGAUGGUGGCAUGAAGAUGGCCUCUUAUGAGCAGAGCUAUCCGCCGCAAGGGCAAGCCCAGCCACCUUUGCCGCCGAGGCCGCCUCAGGGCUCUUACGGACACUAUGGGCACGGGGCACAAGCGCCCACCAUGAACUUCCAGCAGGGGGUGCCAUACAGCUCGGGGCAUCGGCCAUAUCAACAGCCCUAUCCAGGCCACAACCAGCGGCUGAUGUGA